ACUGAGAUAUGCAACACAGAUGAUCCGUCAAAAUGCACCCUACACCUUCUUCGUGGAAUAGAAAAUAAGGCUUUCAAAAGGGAACUUUUUUGCCAAGAGAAAUACUUCAAACUCAAGAUACGAACAUACAGGAAAUGCCUGGCGAAUUCUCAGAGUAGCUCAAUCAACCCAAUCGCCCCUUGAGACUUGGAGACGCUGCUCAGUUGAACGUCUCGCGUUUGACUGGUAGGGUGAAAGAAUCAAAGCUCCUACCGUAGUGAGUGUGGAACUGAUCAUGUUCGUCAGAGUGGAGCAUUUCGGUAUUAUCAUCGUAUUCGCUCUUCUGCAGUGUUUGUUGUCUUUUAAUGUUGAUGAGAAAAAUGGCAUGACAUUCAGUGGACCAGUGGAUGACAUGUUUGGAUAUACUGUACAGCAGUUCGAGAACAACGAAGGGAAGUGGGUACUAAUCGGGUCUCCGUUGGUUGGCCAGCCAGCAAAACGGACAGGAGACGUCUACAAAUGCCCUGUAGGCAAAGGAAGCAAUCCAAAAUGCAUAAAGCUGGAGUUGCCUGAAAACAUAACAAUUCCCAACAUAAAAGAAGUCAAGGAAAACAUGACCCUGGGAACGACUCUGGUUACAAACCCAAAUGGAGGCUUUCUGGCCUGCGGACCGCUCUACGGCUACAUGUGUGGAACCGAGCAGUACACCACCGGCAUAUGCUCGAACGUGAGCUCCACUUUCCAGGUCCUUAACUCCAUUGCCCCGACUGUGCAAGGAUGCAGCAAAGAGCUUGACAUUGUUAUUGUGCUAGAUGGCUCAAAUAGCAUCUAUCCAUGGUCCAGUGUCAAAGACUUCUUGGUGAAAUUGCUUCAGAGAAUUGAUGUUGGACCAAAGUCUUCCCAGGUCGGAAUCGUUUCCUACGGGGACAAUGUCGGCCACGUCUUCAACCUCAGCCAGUUCAGCAGCACAGAGGACCUGGUGAAAAACGCCAGGAAGAUUCCUCAGAGAAGAGGGUCAAGGACAAUGACUGCGCUUGGAAUUGACACAGCAAGAGCAGAGGCGUUCACGGAGGAGAGGGGAGCACGGCGCGGAGUCAAGAAGGUCAUGGUGAUCGUCACCGACGGAGAGUCGCAUGACAACUACCGACUCAAAAGUGUUAUCGACCAGUGUGAACAGGACGGGAUUGAAAGAUUUUCAAUUGCUGUCCUGGGAGAUUACAACAGACAAAACAAGAGCCUUGAUAAGGUGAAAAUGUUUAUAGAUGAGAUCAAAUCAAUAGCAAGCACGCCUACUGGGCACCAUUUCUUCAAUGUCUCAGAUGAGGUGGCACUCUUAAGCAUUGCUGACACACUGGGAACCAGGAUAUUUGCACUAGAAGCCACAUCAGGUAAUGACACUGCAUCAUUUGGGAUGGAAAUGUCACAAUCUGGAUUCAGUGUUCAUGCUUCCAAAGAAGGAGUCAUGCUUGGAGCGGUCGGAGCCUAUGAUUGGAACGGAACAGUGGUGAUGCAUGUGGGGCAGAAAUUUAUCGUUCCAGAUAAAAGUACAUUCCACAACCCUUUAGUCAAGAGGUAUGAAGGCCUGGCUGGAUAUGUUGGUUAUGACGUACAGUCAGCGUCAACACCUAAUGGAGUAUUGUACAUCACUGGAGCACCACGGUACAACCACACUGGUCGAGUCACUGUGUACCGACUUGAUGGAGAGGACAUUACAAUCCUGCAGACACUGAAAGGAGAGCAGAUUGGCUCGUACUUUGGCAGCGUUCUUCAAACUGUCGAUAUCGACAGUGACUCGUUUACAGACAUCCUCCUAGUCGGGGCUCCAAUGUACAUGGGCCCAGAAAGAGACGAACAAGGUCAAGUGUAUGUCUACAAACUUCAAGAGGAUGGUGCAUUCCAGCAUGAGAUGACACUGAAGCCCAUCAGUCAGACGUGCUGCACCAACCACUCCCACUCCCACAGCUCCUGUAAGGUCGUCAAUAAGAACGAACCCUGCGGAGCACGAUUCGGCACCGCCAUUGCCGCCGUCAGAGACCUCAACUUGGAUGGCUUUGAUGACGUGGCGAUCGGAGCACCCUUUGAGAAUGACCAUAGAGGUGCGGUAUACAUCUACCAUGGAGACGGAAAAUCUUUAAAGGAGAAGUAUGUGCAGCGAAUUGCUUCCGGUGGUGAUGGGGAGAAGAUGAAGUUCUUUGGUCAGUCAAUCCAUGGAAUCAUGGAUUUAAAUGGCGAUGGGAUUACUGAUGUCACAAUUGGAGGACUCGGUGGUGCUUCUCUGUUUUGGUCUCGGGAUGUUGCUGCACUGAAUGCAACUAUGGUGUUUGACCCAGAGAAAAUAAACAUGCAACAAGCACAAUGUGAAAUCGGGGGAAGGAAUAGUUUUUGUGUGAAAGCUAAAGUUUGCUUUGAGUACAAAGUUAAAUCUGAUCAGAAGACAAACUCACAAGCUGACAUUAAAUACUCACUGACAAUAGAUGCCCUCAGAGCAGCAUCGAGGGGCCUCUUUGUCAGCAUCACAGACAGGAAGUUGCAGGCAAACGCUACUAUUCAGGAAACACACCACUUGUGCAGAGAGCAUGACUUCUACAUGUUGGACAAAGUGGACUUCAGAGAUCCUAUCAUGGUGUCUCUCGUGUUUGGAUUAGCUGAUGAAGAAAACGGUCCAGUCUUGGAUGGGGAUUUACCCACCUCUAUCAAUAAAACUAUUCCUCUGGUAGACUGUGGAAAUAAUGAAAAGUGUAUCACUGAUCUCCAUGUUCAAGCUUCAGCAAAUGUAACCAGGCUUACCAUUAAAGCAAGCCAGGAAAAGUUCAAUGUAGAAGUUAAUAUUACAAACAGCAAAGACAGUGCCUACAAUACAAACGUUACAUUGACUUACUCUAAAAACAUAAACUAUGUAAAUGUUGAGCCUCGAGAAAAGGACUGUGAACACAAAGUUAAUGUAACUUGUGCUAUUGGAUAUCCAUUCUUGAAAACAGGCGAAAGGGAUACCUUCAGGAUUCAAUUUGAAACAAAUCGUUUUCAUGUUCUGAAGAAUAUUGAAAUUAAUGUAUCUGCAACAAGUGACAGUGAUGAACUAAAGGAAACCCUUAAUGACAACUAUAAGUCCAUUAUCAUCCCAGUGCAGUAUGAGGCCAUCCUGCGUUUUUCAGCUCACAAAUAUAUGAAGGAGGACCACAUCAUUGUCAAAGAAGGAGAGAAGUACCCCAAAGUAUUCAGUGACACCAGCUUAAUUGGGGAUGAAGUCAAAAUAAGCUACAUGAUUGAGAAAGAGGCCAACCAGGCAGUUCCACCUCUUGAGCUGAAGGUCACUUAUCCACACAACUCGACGAAUAAGAACAUCUUGCUGUACUUGACAGAUGUAAUCUCUUCCCCGAAUGUUACAUGUAAUGCAGGGGCACUUACUAACCCCUUAAAGAUCAACCCGGCCAAUCAGCAUUCACCUGAACCACGGAGGGAGACUCUGAGUAGCUACCUAGUGGACUGCAAGGAUCUAAAGUGUGUCUCCUUCAGCUGCACAAUAGUGCCUGCAACUUCUAGCCAGAUCAACAUCACCUUCAGAGUCUGGAAGCCUACCUUUGUCAAAGCAGAGUUCUCUACUCUGCAAAUGAUUGUCCGUGCCACAUUAGAAAACAAGGACCCGCAACUUUUUACAAUGAGCAAGGGAAAUGAAGCAAGAGAGAUCAAGAUACAAAUUUCAAAAGAGUCCCUCGGGGGAAUACCACUGUGGAUCAUCAUAGUGAGCAUUCUUAUAGGACUGCUCAUUUUGGCACUGGUUAUUUUUGCAUUGUGGAAGGCUGGCUUUUUCAAGAGAAAAACGGUGGAGGAAAUGAAGGAGGACAUGUAGGGUGAAGAACAUGUCCGUGCUGCAGGGGGCUUGUGCUCCAUUAUCCUCAGGUCCGAGUUUGUUUUAGCAGAGCAGGUCCACAGCAUUUCAACGCCAAUUACGUACUCUCUAUGUCACUCAGUCUACAUGACCACAUCGUAGGUAGUUAAGAUUUAUUCCAUGAUUAUAUCAGUGACUCAAAGCUGUAUUUGUUUUUUUUUUCCCCACAAAGAGCACUGUAAUUUGAUACUAUGUGAAAUACAGCAUUUUAUUGUAUGUUGAUAUCCACCACUGCAUAAUCCUUACUUAUACAGUCUCAAUGUACUGAGUAACAUGUUAGUACAUUUUAUGUACAGGAUUGGCUCUCAUUUUCUGCAGGAUUUUUAAUAAUCCCCCCCCCCCCACCAUGAAUUGUUCAUCAUAAUGACAAUGAAUGAAAAAUGCAUGAUUGGACUGUAUAUGUAAAAGCAGCAUUUAUUUAACAUACAAUUUGUGCAAGUAUGUUUAUAAUAGGACAUUAUACUGCAAGGCAACUAUCAUAUGGCAUUCAGUGAAAUUCAGAAAAAAUAUUUAAGUAUCUGUGAAGUAAAACCAGUUCAAAAGUUAAAGUUCUCAACUAAAGUAGCUUGAUACCAAAUGAUUGAAUUUUUAAUGAAAAUGACAAUAACAAAACUUGUAAUGCUAUGUCAGGAUUAUUUUAAUGUACAGAUUUCAGUGUAAUUUAUCAUUGGUUUGUUUGUACUGUUUGAUUCUUGGGAUUCCAGGCAGAUUUUUUUUUUUUUUUUUUUAAAUGUAUCUAGCCACUAGUUAAACAUGAAUGACAGUUUUUCAGUCAACCAUUCCCUUUAGUUUAAAUGACAUUAGCCAUAUGUAUGUGUAUAAUUAGCAAAAUACGUUUUGAUUUUAUUUAUUAUUGGAUUAUACGUUUGUUUACACAUACACAUCUUUCAAAAACUGCUGUCAAACUAACAUGCAAAGGGCCAAGCCUUUUUCCUGAAAGAUGCAGUGGGCCUAAUGCAAUCAAAACAUGCAGAAAUGUGUUGGAAACUUGGAAAAACAAAUUAAACGGGCAUCGCAUUUAUUAUUUCAUGCAUUUAUCAGGAAAUUCAAAAUGUUACUCACAGUUAAGGACAAACUGGCCCCUGGGUACAUUGAAUCUGAGCCAUAAGGCUGUAGUGUGUUGUGAUGUGUAGUAUUAUACAUGAAAGUCAGAAACAUAGUGUUGUCUAUACUGUUCCCCUUAAUUUGCAUGUGUAAAAUUAUACUUGAAAAAUGGCCAUAUUACACUAUGGAAGCAGAACGUUUUUGUUAUUACUACCAUCAUAAUUAAUAUGAAAAUGUAUUCACAGAAAUGCAAUUCAUAAUGUGUGUACUUUCCACAGGAAACCUACAAAGAAAGAUGGCGUUCAUUCUUUAUUGCAGAAAUAACUGGCAAAUAUUUAACUUUGGAUAUUAAGGAUACCAAUAUUUUCAGAACAAGAAUUGGAAUAUGACUUAUGGUGUCAGAGGGAGGAUGGAUGGACUUAUGUAGCUCUUUGAUAUUAGAUUUUUUUGUAUAUUUUUUUAUGCAGAUUCAGGUGUGCUUUAUGAAUGGGGUCUCCGCCUUUCACAAUAAAGGCCUUUAUAUCCAUUCUUCAUAGUUUUGCCAGCUAUUAAUCCACAUUCAACACAAAACAGUUCAUUAUGGACCACGGCUACUUUGCUCUAAAAAUAGAUUGUUGACAGCUCAAAAUCACAUUCUCUGUCUUAGUCAGGUAGUGACCAAUUUCCUCCUUGUGUUUGUUUUAUUACACUAAAUAAUGCUUUUUUUUUGUCCACAAUUUGCACAAACAGUCCUUAUUAACAGUGAGAAUGUAUUGUAUAUAAGGAGAUGCACCAUCAGCUUUUACCUGCGUUGUUUAAAGAGCUUGUGUAAAAAUGUCUGUAAAAAAAUGUAAAAUAAAUAUUGUCUCACACACACAAUGAUGAAAGAGACCAAAAGUAUAUAAACAAAGACCUUUUAUCAGUCAUCUGCACUGUUGAAUUUUUAUAUAAUGCACUGGUUUUACAUACUGUAUGUAUUCAUCAGAACAGAAAUAUACAUUUUUCAUGCUGUCAAAAAAUGGUUUAAAAAAAAAUAAAUGUUUUUCUUCCCAAAG